GAUGAGGGGAGGUAGUGGUAAUGAGGGGAGGUAGUGGUGAUGGGAGUGGUGGUGAUAGGAUUAGGUAAGUGAUAGUGAUGGGAGGAAGUGAUGGAAGUGGUGAUGAUGGGGGGUGAUGUUGGUGGGAGUGGUGGUGAUGAUAGAAAGUGUGUAGUGGUGGUCGUGGUUGAUAGUAGUGGUGAUUCUGGGAGUGGUGGUUUUGGGAAUGGUGAUGGAGAUAGGAAUUGUAAUGAUAACAGUGGUCAUGCUAGGAAGUGGUGGUGGUAAUAGGGAUGGUUGUAGCGAUUAUGAUCAUUUUGCGCCCAGUGUUUGGACGAUAUCUGAUUUGACAAUUAAACAGUACAUGGUAAUGUGAUGUCCAGUGGCAGUACUGAGAUUACAGAUAUACCAUCACCCAUAACUACAGGCUAUCCAUUUGACUUAUCAGGUGCGAGCUUAUACAAAAACCGCAUCCGCUGUCUAAACAAAUAUUAAUAACGGAUCCUCUGGACAUUUGCCGGCAGCAUCUCUGACAUUCACAACAUCGCUCUCACAGCCCUCAACUGGCUCAACAACAUCCAACAUCGACAUCGCCCAGCCCUACAAGAGAAGAAUUAAUAGCCGAUUGUACACUUCCCUAAAGCUCAUUGCGAAGGAUUAAUGAAUGCCCAUCCAUCAGUCAAUGCUGACAGAUGCUUCAUCACACUAUGAGGUCUCAUCGAGUCUUGAGUGUCGGUUUAUUCUAGCGAUUUGCAGUGCGAGGUGUUGCACUCAGCUUCCAGCUUUGCUUUUGGCAGUCCGCCUCAACAAGCUGCAUAAAUGACCUCUGCCAACAGAUGUUCAUCUGACGUGCUCUGAUGGUGGACUUGGGGUGCCUUGUUGCUGCUGAUGUUGGCCGCCAGUCACUAUUGGCUGUGCAAGACCUGCUUGAAGAUCCUGAAGUCCCGUAUCUUGGCAUGCCUGUCCGACUUCAUACACGUGUCUCAUUGCUGGGUGGACCGCUGUAUGAUGAAGAGUGCCCUGGGAAUCAUUCUGACGCUGGCCCGGAGCGACCCGGACCUGUGGGUUCAGAUGAUCGCCGAUGUCGUGAGGACAUUCCCGGAUUCUGGAACGCUCAACCUCGAGCUGGAGGAGCAGAAUUCCAACGCGCAGAGUGUCCUGGGGGACCUCAAAGAGAAAGUGGUGGACUGCGACGCCUCCACGAUGCUGCCCCUCGAGUGCCAGUUCCUCAACAAGAGCGCGCUCACCACGCUGGUGGGGCCGCUCGCACCUCCCGCCAAGCACUUCCAGCUGCGCCGCAAGCCCAAGAGUGCCACGCUGAGGGCAGAGCUCCUGCAGAAAUCUACGGAAACGGCACAACAGCUGAAGAAGACUUCAGGAAUCCCCUUCCAUGCCAAAGGGAGGGGCCUUGUGAAGAAGAUUGACACCACCACGCCACUGAAAGGAAUUCCCAAGCAGGCGCCGUUCCGCAGCCCCAGCGCCUCCCCCGGCUUCGGCUCCCCCGGCACACGCACGCCCCUUUCGGCGCGCACGCCACUCCGCAAGGAACGCGGGGUCAAGCUGUUGGACAUUUCGGAGCUGGACGCGGUGGGAGCUGGCCGCGAGGCCAAGCGGAGGAAAAAGGCCCCAGAGGCGGAGCAGGGGGAGAAGGCGGCUAAGGAUGAGGCGGCCGUGAACCCCGUGACCCCAGACUACGCCGCUGGACUUGUAUCAACUCCGAAACUGGGAGCACUGAGCAAUGACAGCUCGAUGCCUUCCACCAGCUACCUGCCGGCCACACCCAGCAUGAUCCCUUCCUCGUCCUACAACCCCAGCACAGACGCCCCCUCUGGCGCCAGUGGGGCAGCGGCCAUCCGCGACGCCCUGCAGUCGAACCGCACCCCCGAGGAGCCCCCCAGCUCCCCGACCGUCCCCAUGGUGCAGAACCCGUUCAAGCAGCAGGCGCCUCUCUACAGCAGUGCCCUGCCCUCCUCCGCGACCGCCCCCGCCGCUUCCCCGAGCCCCACCACGCCGCAGCCCACCACCCCCACCCUCGCGCAGGCCCCGGCUAGCCAGCAGCAGCCCGUGCCCGUUCCACAGCCUCCUGCCGCCACCGCCGCCACCGUCGCUCAGCAGCAGCAGACGCAGCAGACGCAGCAGAGCCAGCCUAAGAAGAACCUCUCGCUCACGAGAGAACAGAUGUAUGCUGCGCAAGAGAUGUUUAAAACUGCAAACAAAGUUACAAGGCCAGAGAAGGCCUUGAUCUUGGGAUUCAUGGCCGGAUCCAGAGAAAACCCGUGCCCCGACCAGGGCGACAUCAUCCAGAUCAAGCUGAGCGAGCACACGGAGGUGCUGCCCAAGGCCGACGGCACCGGCAGCACCACCAUGCUGGUGGACACCGUGUUUGAGAUGAACUACGCCACGGGCCAGUGGACGCGCCUCAAGAAGUACAAGCCCAUCACCAACACCUCCUGAGGCGGCGGCGACGCGCGCUCGUGGAGAGUUGUGCUCCUGGUGACGGGCCCCGUGCUAAACCUCGCCGUGCCCCGUAACGCGGGACUGCCGUUUCUCCUGCACCGGGCACAACAUGAGACGAACGCGUUGUGUAAAUUGCUUUAGUUUCCUCACGCUGUCGGAACAAUAACACGAGACUUGACUGAUUUUAUAAAUGUAGACUUCCUAAGAGGAGGGGGAGCGUCUUGACCAGUGUAGUCCAGUGGUCAGAUGUGAGCCCUUGUAGCAGCACUGCCCUGUAUCACAUGCGAUUGCUCUCGGACUCUAAUUCUGAUCGGACUAGCAGUCGCAACUGCACACGUCAUUUCACUUACCGAAAAUGUACUCGCGCAAGAUGGUAAAUAAGUGAAUAUGCCUUUGCCUUAUUAGUUUUCUAAAAUGGAAAUGUGGUGAUGUUAAUAGUGCCGUCAUAUUUUGUAAAACGCCAUUGGCAAUGCCCUGUGUCCUUUCCCUGAAUAUUGUUUUGAUUUGUUAAUCCCGUCAAAGCUUAACAAUACACAUGGUCUCUGUUUGGAUUUC